AUGGUGCGGCUGCAGGCAGCGUAUCAAGGAAUGCCGAGAGGAGGCAGAGCAGCGUAUCAACGAGUUUCGCACGGUUUGGGAGGAAAAAUGAGAUCAGCGACUGCACCGAAUCCAUCAUGUUCUCAUCCUCAAGAAUGUCCCGUUUGCAAAGGCGUUAUUGGGGAAGAGAAAUUGGUUCCUCUUUAUGAGCAGCGUAUCGCACUACUUCCGGAGGCUCAAGAGCGGCGUUUCCAGCAGCUUGAGUGUCGUAUCAAAGAGUGUCGUGCUGAUGCAAAUUACCGAAUCAAAAAGUUUCGUGCGGAGGCAGAACAACGUAUCAAGGAGUGUCGUGCAGAGGUUGACCAACGUAUCAGGGAGUGUCGCGCAGAUUAUCGUCCGGAUGCAGAACAGCGUAUCAAGAUGCUUCGUGCGGAUGCAGAGCAGCGUAUCAACGAGUUUCCCGUGGAGUGUCGCGUGGAGACUGAGCAGCGCAUCAAGGAGUGUCAUGCGGAGACCGAGCAGCGCAUCAAGGAGUGUCUUCAGCGUAUCGCAUUACUUCAGGAGGCUCUAGAGCGGCGUUUCCAGCAGCUUGAGUCUCGUAUCAAAGAGUGUCGUGCUGAUGCAAAUUACCGGAUCAAAAAGUUUCGUGCGGAGGCAGAACAACGUAUCAAGGAGUGUCGCGCAGAGGUUGAGCAACGUAUCAGGGAGUGUCGCGCAGAGUAUCAAUGUCCCGUUUGCAAAGGCGUUGUUGGGGAAGAGAAAUUGGUUCCUCUUUAUGGUAAAGGAAGAUCGGUAACUGACCCAAGAACGGAGAUUCCUCCUCGUCCUUCCGACAUUCAUACGUUGUUUGCGAGCUUAGAGCAAAUGCGUUUGUCUCGUGAGGCUAGAGAACAACGUUUCAAGGAGUAUAUAGAUCAAUGUAUUGAGGAAUUUUGUGUGGCUCAAGAGCAGCGUAUCGCACUACUUCAGGUGGCUCAAGAGCGGCAUUUCAAGCAGCUUGAGUGUCGUGCUGAUGCAGAUUACCGGAUCAAAAAGUUUCGUGCGGAGGCAGAACCACGUAUCAAGGAGUGUCGUGCAGAGGUUGACCAACGUAUCACGGAGGGUCGCGCAGAGUAUUGUGCGGAUGCAAAACAGCGUAUCAAGAUGCUUCGUGCGGAUGCAGAGCAGCGUAUUAACGAGUUUCGCGCGGAGUCUCGCGUGGAGAAUGAACAGCGCAUCAAGGAGUGUCAUGCGGAGACCGAGCAGCGCAAUAAGGAGUGUCGUGUAGAGUAUGGUGCGGCUGCAGGGCAGCGUAUCAAGGAGUACUUAGAGGAGGCAGAGCAGCAGCAGCGUAUCGCACUACUUCAGGUGGCUCAAGAACGGCAUUUCCAGCAGCUUGAGUGUCGUAUCAAAGAGUGUCGUGCUGAUGCAGAUUACCGGAUCAAAAAGUUUCGUCCGGAGGCAGAACAACGUAUCAAGGAGUGUCGCGCAGACGCUGGCCAACGUAACAGGGAGUGUCGCGCAGACUAUCGUGCGGAUGCAGAACAGCGUAUCAAGAAGCUUCGUGCGGAUGUAGAGCAGCGUAUCAAUGAGUUUCUCGCGGAGUGUCGCAUGGAGACUGAGCAGCGCAUCAAGGUGGCUCAAGAACGGCAUUUCCAGCAGCUUGAGUGUCGUAUCAAAGAGUGUCGUGCUGAUGCAGAUUACCGGAUCAAAAAGUUUCGUCCGGAGGCAGAACAACGUAUCAAGGAGUGUCGCGCAGACGCUGGCCAACGUAACAGGGAGUGUCGCGCAGACUAUCGUGCGGAUGCAGAACAGCGUAUCAAGAAGCUUCGUGCGGAUGCAGAGCAGCAGCAGCGUAUCGUACUACUUCAGGAGGAUCAAGAGCGGCAUUUCCAGCAGCUUGAGUGUCGUGCUGAUGCAGAUUACCGGAUCAAAAAGUUUCGUGCGGAGGCAGAACCACGUAUCAAGGAGUGUCGUGCAGAGGUUGACCAACGUAUCAGGGAGUGUCGCGUAGAGUAUCGUGUGGAUGCAGAACAGCGUAUCAAGAUGCUUCGUGCGGAUGCAGAGCAGCGUAUCAACGACUUUCGCGCGGAGUGUCGCGUGGAGAAUGAACAACGCAUCAAGGAGUGUCAUGCGGAGACCGAGCAGCGCAUCAAGGAGUGUCGUGUAGAGUAUGGUGCGGCUGCAGGGCAGCGUAUCAAGGAGUACUUAGAGGAGGCAGAGCAGCAACCACGUAUCAAGGAGUGUCGUGCAGAGGUUGACCAACGUAUCAGGGAGUGUCGCGUAGAGUAUCGUGUGGAUGCAGAACAGCGUAUCAAGAUGCUUCGUGCGGAUGCAGAGCAGCGUAUCAACGACUUUCGCGCGGAGUGUCGCGUGGAGAAUGAACAACGCAUCAAGGAGUGUCAUGCGGAGACCGAGCAGCGCAUCAAGGAGUGUCGUGUAGAGUAUGGUGCGGCUGCAGGGCAGCGUAUCAAGGAGUACUUAGAGGAGGCAGAGCAGCAAUGUCCCAUUUGCAAAGGCGUUGUUGGGGAAGUGAAAUUGGUUCCCCUUAAUGGUAAAGGAAGAUCGGUAACUGAUCCAAGAACGGAGAUUCCUCCUCGUCCUUCCGACAUUCAUACAUUGUUUGUGAGCUUAGAGCAAAUGCGUUUGUCUCGUGAGGCUACAGAACAAUGUUUCAAGGAGUAUAUAGAUCAGUGUAUUGAGGAAUUUUAUGUGGCUCAAGAGCAGCGUAUCGCACUACUUCAGGUGGCUCAAGAGCGGCAUUUCCAGCAGCUUGAGUGUCGUAUCAAAGAGUGUCGUGCUGAUGCAGAUUACCGGAUCAAAAAGUUUCGUGUGGAGGCAGAACAACGUAUCAAGGAGUGUCGCGCAGAGGCUGACCAACGUAACAGGGAGUGUCGCGCAGACUAUCGUGCGGAUGCAGAACAGCGUAUCAAGAAGCUUCGUGCGGAUGCAGAGCAACGUAUCAAUGAGUUUCGUGCGGAGUGUCACGUGGAGACUGAGCAGCGCAUCAAGGAGUGUCGUGCGAAGACCGAGCAUCGCAUCAAGGAGUGUCGUGUACAGUAUGGUGCGGCUGAUGGGCAGCGUAUCAAGGAGUGCCGAGAGGAGGCAGAGCAGCAAUGCCCCAUUUGCAAAGGCGUUGUUGGGGAAGAGAAAUUGGUUCCUCUUUAUGGUAAAGGAAGAUCGGUAACUGAUCCAAGAACGGAGAUUCCUCCUCGUCCUUCCGACAAUCAUACGUUGUUUGCGAGCUUAGAGCAAAUGCGUUUGUUUCGUGAGGCUACAGAACAACGUUUCAAGGAGUAUAUAGAUCAGUAUUACCGGAUCAAAAAGUUUCUUGCGGAGGCAGAACCACGUAUCAAGGAGUGUCACGCAAAGGCAGACCAGCGUAUCAGGGAGUGUCGCGCAAAGUAUCUUGCGGAUGCAGAACAGCGUAUCAAGAAGCUUCGUGCGGAUGCAGAGCAGCGUAUCAACGAGUUUUGCGUGGAGUGUCGCGUGGAGACUGAGCAGCGCAUCAAGGAGUGUCGUGCGGAGACUGAGCAGUGCCUCAAGGAGUGUCGUGUAGAGUAUGAGCAGCGUAUCGCACUACUUCAAGAGGCUCAAGAGCGGCGUUUCCAGCAGCUUGAGUGUCGUAUCAAAGAGUGUCGUGCUGAUGCAGAUUACCGGAUCAAAAAGUUUCGUGCGGAGGCAGAACAACGUAUCAACGAGUGUCGCGCAGAGGCUGACCAGCGUAUCAGGGAGUGUCGCACAGAGUAUCAUGCGGAUGCAGAACAGCGUAUCAAGAAGCUUCGUGAGGAUGCAGAGCAGCAAUGUCCUGUUUGCAAAGGUGUUGUUGGGGAAGAGAAAUUGGUUCCUCUUUAUGGUAAAGGAAGAUCGGUAACUGAUCCAAGAACGGAGAUUCCUCCUCGUCCUUCCGACAUUCAUACGUUGUUUGCGAGCUUAGAGCAAAUGCAGGCAGACCAUCGUAUCAGGGAGUGUCGCACAGAGUAUCGUGCGGAUGCAGAACAGCGUAUCAAGAAGCUUCGUGUGGAUGCAGAGCAGUGUAUCAACGCGUUUUGCGUGGAGUGUCGUGUGGAGACUGAGCAGCGCAUCAAGAAGUGCCAUGUGGAGACUGAGCAGCGCAUCAAGGAGUGUCGUGUAGAGUAUGGUGCGACUACAGGGCAGCGUAUCAAAGAGUGCCGAGAGAAGGCAGAGCAACGUAUCAACGAGUUUCGCGCGGUUUGCGGUGAACAAUGA